AUGGUUUUUGCCGGAACGGAUGGUGCAGCUGUGACUUUAGAAUGGGCAAUGUCAAGUUUAUUAAACAAUCCUCAUGUGUUGGAAAAAGCAAAGAAAGAAAUAGACACACAUAUAGGGCAAGAACGAUUAAUAGAUGAGCCAGACAUCUCAAAGCUACCAUACUUGCAAAACAUUGUCUCUGAAACACUUCGUUUGCAUCCUGCCGCACCAUUGUUGGUUCCUCAUGAGGCUUCGAAUGAUUGCACCAUUGCUGGAUAUAAUGUUCCUCGUGGAACUAUUGUGUUAAUCAAUGCUUGGGGAAACCAUAGAGAUCCCCACUUAUGGAGUGAUCCAACAAGUUUUAAGCCAGAGAGGUUUGAAAAAGAAGGAGAGGUAAACAAGCUAAUUCCAUUUGGAUUAGGAAGACGAGCUUGUCCUGGAGCAAGUUUAGCUCAACGAACAAUAGGCAUGACCUUGGGCAUGUUGAUUCAAUGUUUUGAAUGGAAACGGGUGAGUGAGGAAGAAAUUGAUAUGACAGAAGGAGCAGGAGCCACCAUGCCAAAAAUUAUUCCUCUAGAGGCCAUGUGCAGAGCACGUCAUCCAAUUAUUAACAUGCUUUUUGGUUAA